AUGGCUCAAACACAACCUCAGCCUGCGAACGGCUCUGGACAGAAUGUAGAAGGGCCCGCAGAUGGCGGAUUUAAGCUCAAGUUCUGCACUGUGUGUGCUAGUAACAACAACAGAUCUAUGGAGUCACACCUUCGUCUUGCCGCUGCCAAUUAUCCUGUGAUAUCUUUUGGCACCGGCUCUCUUGUCCGCCUACCAGGUCCAUCAAUCACCCAGCCAAAUGUUUAUCAAUUUAACAAAACAUCAUAUGAUAGCAUGUAUAAGGAGCUGGAAUCAAAGGACGCCCGACUGUAUCGUGCAAACGGUAUAUUAAACAUGCUUGGGAGAAAUCGAGAUGUUAAAUGGGGGCCUGAGAGAUGGCAAGAUUGGCGCGUGGGAAUUCCCAGGCUAGAACACGCCAAAGACCAAGGUAGCGAAGGAGUUGAGGGUGGUGUUGUAGACGUCGUUAUCACUUGUGAAGAGCGCUGUUGGGAUGCUGUGAUUGAUGAUCUACUCAAUCGUGGAUCGCCUUUGAAUCGGCCAGUUCAUGUCAUCAACGUUGAUAUCAAGGAUAACCACGAGGAGGCUCUUGUUGGCGGUAGAGGCAUCUUAGAUCUUGCUGACUCUUUGAACAAAGCUGCAGCGGAAGAGCGGAAACUGAACCCAGUCGGCUUUGACAGCGGUAGUGCUUCUAGUAGAUCGAGUUUUGAUGAACGCGUACCGGAGAUUAUCGGAGAGUGGCAGGAGAGAUGGCCAAAUCUUCCGGCAGUCUGGACACUGGCGUGGUUUUAG